AUGGGUCACCAGCUGCUCUACUGGAGUCACCCUAGGAAGUUCGGCCAGGGAUCCCGCUCCUGCUGCGUCUGCUCAAACCACCACAGUCUGAUCUGGAAAUACAGGCUGAACAUGUGCCGCCAGUGUUUCCAGCAGUACACGAAGGACAACGGUUUCAUUAAGUUGGACUAA